AUGUUCUGGCGUUUUGGGGGAUAUGCAAGUAUCUCCACCAUCGAUACCCUGCUCGACAAACCUGAUGUCACCCUCGAGGACCUGCUGGAUGAGCCAGAGAUUAUCCAGGAAUUGAAACAGCAUAAUACAAAACUCAUAGAAUAUCUGCGCGAGGAUCAUGUCUUGAAACGGCUUAUGGACUAUGUCACCGCACCGAGCUUGGUGAAUGACGACGACGAAAAUGAUGACGACGAUUCCCACGAAAAGCAUGCCUCCCCGACUCACGGCGAAAGCGAUGCGCCGACAGACCAGACUGAUGCCGAGGACAAGGAAGAAAAGGCCGGGAAGGAGUCUGACGCACUGAAGGAUGUUUUAGACCCGGAAGAUCUGGAAAAGGUUGAGAAGGCCCGCCUGAAGCAUGCCUACGUGGCAUGCGAAAUUCUCUCCUCAGAGACCUGGUCUAUCUUGGAAUCCAUGAUGACCAACCCUGCUUAUCUGCGCGACUUCUGGGGCUUCCUCCGACGGCCCGCUCCGUUGGACUCCCUGCAGGCUAGCUACUUUACCAAAGUGAACGAGACGUUACUUGAUAAGAAGACGGAAGAGAUGCUGGAAUUCCUGAAGUCGCUGGACGGAAUUGUGGCUGCACUUCUGCAGCACGUCGAUAAUCCCAUGGUCAUGGAUCUCUUGUUGAAAAUUAUUAGCUUGGAAAAGGCCGAAGGCGGCCAAGGCACGGUGGACUGGUUGCAGUCGCAGGAUUUGAUUCCAAACCUCCUUUCAUUCCUGGCCCCAGAGCACCCAGGGUCUGUGCAAACAUCGGCCGGUGAUUUCCUGAAGGCGAUCAUUACCAUCUCUGCAAAUGCGACCCCAAAUGACCAGUCCUGCAUUGGUCCUAACAGCCUGACCCGCCAACUUGUCUCGCCUGAGCGUGUGCAACAACUGAUCAAUGCGAUGCUGAAGGGUGGCAACCCAUUGACAGUGGGUGUGGGUAUCGUCAUCGAAGUCAUUCGCAAGAAUAACUCCGACUAUGACCCGGAGCAGAUGGGUGGUCCCGAAUCUAUGCCGACACCUUACGAUCCAAUUUAUCUCGGACACCUACUUCGUCUCUUUGCGCAGCAUAUCCCCGAUUUCAUGACCCUUAUUCAGAGCUCCAAGCAUGCGGUACACGACGGUACUUCCCUGAAGUCUGUUGACCGGGGUCGCUUGAAUUCCGCGUGGGGCGCCAGUAUUGAGCCGCUUGGCUUUGAUCGGUUCAAGGCGUGCGAGUUGAUGGCGGAACUACUCCAUUGCAGUAACAUGGGUCUUUUGAACGAGCCUGGCAGCGAGGACUAUGUGCGGCAUCGCAAUGAGGAGCGCGAUAGGUUGAUCCGUGAGGGUGUGUUCAACCCACAUCGGGAUGAGCAGUCCGGCAUGGACUACAAUGAUACCACUGCUGAUUUCACCAAUGGUUCGGUUAUGGACACUGGAUCGCCCGAGGCUCUCAAAGCUCGGGUUGUUGAGGACGAGGGCUUCGAGGACGUCGGUGCCUCUGGCGUUCUGGUUGGCAAGAAGGGCGAGGAGAAGGAAUCCAACUUGCAAUCAGAGUCGCAACAGCCUUCUGAGUCAACCUCUGAGUCGGCUGUGGAAACACCAAAGACAGAUGCAGACGCAAACGUCCCGUCAUCGCCCAAGACCCCGACGACCGGUCUGACUGACCAAGUUGGUGAAAUGGAGAUUGGAAACGAAUCCCCGCAGGAGCAGCAAGCAUCUACAGAAACUCACAAGGAGGAUGUGUCUGUAACUCCACAGCCUGAGGAUGUUCCUCCUCCUUUGUUUGCGGCGAAGGAGCCGGGGUCAGAUUCUACUGCUCAAGCAGAAGGCGCUACUGAGCCAACUCAAGAAUCCCAGCCCGCCAAUGAUGGUGGCGCUGAGGACCUUGCUGAGCAGUACAUCCAGUAUGACACGGAUGGCCGUCCUGUGGUUGGAGAUUUCUUGAAGAUCAUGUUUGUCGAGAACAAAGUGGUGCCAACCAUUUUGGGCUUCUUCUUCCGAUUCCCCUGGAAUAACUUCCUCCAUAAUGUUGUAUAUGAUGUGGUCCAGCAGGUCUUUAACGGCCCCAUGGAGCGUGGAUACAACCGAGCUUUGGCCAUCAAUGUUUUCGAAAUUGGUCAAAUCACGAAUGCCAUUGUUGAGGGCCAAAAGCGCAGCGACGAGGUCCAACGCACCAAGCAGAUCCGCCUCGGCUACAUGGGCCACCUGACUCUUGUCGCCGAGGAGGUCGUCAAGUUCAGCGAGCGUCACCCGCCAGAGCUGCUCUCACGUGCCGUCAUGGAGUCGGUUCUGAAUCCAGACUGGAUAGACUACGUCGAGCAGACCCUUUCGGAGACUCGGGAACGUGAUAACGCCAUCCUGGGUGGGGUACGGCCAGACAUGGCUGUCGGGCCUCGUCAAACCGCAAUGAACACUUCCACCUCUAACCAUGGGUUCAACAACAACUCCUCCGCCUUGGCUGAUGCCGGAUUGAACGGCGGAAUUGGCGGCUCAACCUUCCAGGGCUUUGAAAUCAACCAGGGUAGUGUUUCUGGUGGAGCAUUCGGUGGUACUUCGCUUUUGAGUGGCUUUGCUAGCUCGAGCGAUGACGAGGAUGAAGAGAUGGAAGAUCAGGAGGACCGAGAUGCUGGCGGUGCCGACCAUGGCGAAUCCGAGAAUGUCUCUGAAAACUCUACCAGCCAACCUAUUCCUAUUCUGCCGCCCCCUCCUGCCCCGCUGAGUAUGGGCCCCUCCAGGGCUCGGCGUCAGCUAGCAGCACGGCUGGCGGCCCAGAAACAGCAAGCGUCUGAAAACGCAGGCGUCGGGGAGGAUGGAAAUGCCGAGGGCGAAGGUCGGGAGUGGUCCUCCAACCCCUUUAUCAUUGCAGGAAUUGAUGAUGACGCCGAAGGUGGUAACUCGGCGUUCCCCAACACCGACUUCGCGUCUAAUGCGGAUCAGACUUUCUCCUCCGCAUUCCCCGAGUCUGGGUUCAGCCCGCCUGACUCGCUUUCCACCAACUCCUCCGACGAGGAAGGUGACCGCGCAGAAGGCGUGCGACGACGCAUUCGCGUCCCUCUCGAAGUCGAGGAAGAUGAAGACGAUGAGAUGGGUGAGAUGGUUGGACCCAGUGGCAGUGGAAUGGUCGUCUCGGAUGAUGAAGAUGAAGCCAUCAUCAACGAAUCCCUGGGCUACUCUAACCUCCCCGGCCAGACGCGAUACAGCGGGUUCCGUCGGCCGCGGGCAGUCAGUUCCCACUUCGAUGAUGACCAAGACGAUAGCAGUGACGGUGAAGACGACGGCCUGGUAGAGAUCCUUGUCCCUGGCCGCAAAUCUUCCACCUCGAACUAG